AUGAUGAUGAUGAUGAUGAUGAUGAUGAUGAUGAUGAUGAUGAUGAUGAUGAUGAUGAUGAUGAUGAUGAUGAUGAUGAUGAUGAUGAUGAUGAUGAUGAUGAUGAUGAUGAUGAUGAUGAUGAUGAUGAUGAUGAUGAUGAUGAUGAUGAUGAUGAUGAUGAUGAUGAUGAUGAUGAUGAUGAUGAUGAUGAUGAUGAUGAUGAUGAUGAUGAUGAUGAUGAUGAUGAUGAUGAUGAUGAUGAUGAUGAUGAUGAUGAUGAUGAUGAUGAUGAUGAUGAUGAUGAUGAUGAUGAUGAUGAUGAUGAUGAUGAUGAUGAUGAUGAUGAUGAUGAUGAUGAUGAUGAUGAUGAUGAUGAUGAUGAUGAUGAUGAUGAUGAUGAUGAUGAUGAUGAUGAUGAUGAUGAUGAUGAUGAUGAUGAUGAUGAUGAUGAUGAUGAUGAUGAUGAUGAUGAUGAUGAUGAUGAUGAUGAUGAUGAUGAUGAUGAUGAUGAUGAUGAUGAUGAUGAUGAUGAUGAUGAUGAUGAUGAUGAUGAUGAUGAUGAUGAUGAUGAUGAUGAUGAUGAUGAUGAUGAUGAUGAUGAUGAUGAUGAUGAUGAUGAUGAUGAUGAUGAUGAUGAUGAUGAUGAUGAUGAUGAUGAUGAUGAUGAUGAUGAUGAUGAUGAUGAUGUAA